AGCAGCCCAAAUGUUUUCACUUGGGAUUAUCUGGUCCUGGUUGGUCACAUGCGACGCGAGUGCUUAGCCUGGGCGGGCUCGAAUCUGUCUUAAAACUGAGAGAAAAUUAUUUAUUCGCCUCGUCAUGAUAAAAGCCUAGGCUAUAGCCACUGAUAAAAUAAUGCUUGUGCAGUACCGUUAUAAUACUGGUGGUAGUUGAAAAACAAGACCAAACAGUCAUCACAAUUCCUUACAAAUUCACAUGCAAAACAUAAUUUAUUUUUGAUGGAUCAUGGACUUUCACUUGUGAAGAACGGAUGAUCGGUCUUCAAUGAAUUGGGCGUUUCAGAUCAUCGCAAGGAAAUUCUACUUUGGUUGACUUGCGUUUCUUCUACAUAGCAAGAUGUAAUGAAGGAAUAAUAUUGUUUGUGUUGUGACGCUAGCCCACCAAGUCGCCACAAUGGCGAUCGCUUAAUCCAUAGUUAAGCUAGAUAACCUAAAAUACGAAACACUGACCAUGGUGUGGAGAAUAUGAAUGUAGUUGUUGAGGAAUGCCAGUCAUCACAAGUAUCUUUGGUUGGUAUGUAAAGAAACAGUAAUUGAAUUGGAACAGAAAAUAGAUGCCUUAGUAAAUAGAUCAUGUAGAAAUAACCUUGUGAUACGGGAAAUGCCAGAAUAUAGUGAGUGCACUGUACAUCAAAAAAUUUCAAGGAUAAUAUGUAUUCAAGAUUUUGUGAUGAAUUUUAUGAAAACAGGAAAGAGUGAAAAUGAUGUACGGGAAGUAGAGAUUGAGCGCGAGUGCAACGUACAAGGAGGAAGAUUAUUCAAGCAUAUGGAAUAGUGUGGAAAGCAAUUGAUAGAAAAACAGGAGAGGUUGUUGCCUUAAAGAAAAUAUUUGAUGCAUUCCGAAAUCAAACAGACGCACAGCGAACGUUUAGAGAGAUAAUGUUUCUUCAGGAAUUUGGUGAUCAUGAGAAUAUUGUCAAGUUAUUAAAUGUUAUGAAAGCGGAGAAUGACAAAGAUAUAUACCUGGUGUUUGAAUUCAUGGAUACGGAUUUACAUGCAGUGAUAAAGAAAGGUGGAAUUCUAAAGGAUGUACACAAGAGAUACAUCAUGUACCAACUUCUAAAAGCAACUAAAUACUUGCACUCUGGAAAUGUCAUACAUAGAGAUAAGAAGCCAUCAAACUUAUUAUUAGAUUCCGAAUGCUUUCUGAAAGUUGCUGAUUUUGGUCUGGCGCGCUCAAUUACACAACUGGAAGACGACUUUGAUCACACGAACCCAGCACUUACUGAAUAUGUGGCAACCAGAUGGUACCGUGCUCCAGAGAUUCUUUUGGCUUCCAAAAGAUACACAAAAGGAGUUGAUAUGUGGAGUAUAGGUUGUAUACUUGGUGAAUUAUUGAAGGGUAAACCCCUUUUUCCAGGAACAUCAACAUUUAAUCAAAUUGAAAGAAUCAUGAGCCUGAUUGAAAGACCUUCAAAGCAAGAUGUUGAGGCGAUCCAGUCCAACUAUGGCGCAACAGUAUUAGACAAAGCAUGCGUAAGGCAUAGGCAAACAUUUGAAGACAUUCUGCCAGAUGCACCGGCGGAUGCUAUAGACCUCCUAGCCAAACUCCUUCCUUUCAACCCUGACAAGAGACUGACUGCUGAACAAGCCCUUGCACAUCCAUACGUUGCUAGGUUUCAUAAUCCAGAUGAGGAGAUUUCAUUAGAUUAUGAUGUUGUACCUCCAUUAGAUGACGAUGUGCAAUUAUCUAUUAACGAAUACAGAGAAAAGCUUUAUGAGAUGAUGCGAGAGAAAAAGUCACAAAGUAGGAGAAUACGAAGAGAGAUUAAGAGCGCCCCAACAACCAAAGAAAUUCCCCCACCUGCAGAGCCUUACCAUUCUGAAAUAGUUACAUCACACCGUGCCAAUGGCCUAUUAUCAGGAAGGCCAAAGUCAGCAGCACUGAACGCUUCAGGGGCAGCGCCCUCUGCCUAUGCUCAAUAUUCAGAACGUAAAUUGCAACGACCACCGUUGUGUGCCAACACGGUGCGUCAACCUUUAGGCAACUCCAAACAUCCUUACCACGGUUCUUCCUCACUCUUGCCAGGUCGUACAAAUCGAAAUCAAUAUGCGACAAUAGGAAACGUGCACAGAUCAUCUAGGGUUGCGGAUUAUGUAACUAGCCAACAAUCUAAAGAAGGUGGAAACAUAGUUAAUGGAUAUGCAAAUGAGAACACUCAUCGGUCUGCAAGAAAACCAGUUGUGCAUCAACGAACCCGCUCUUUUUCAGCCGGUAUGAAGAAUGCAACAAUCACACGAGACAGUGAUAGGGGUACAUCAAGCAAUGAGAGUUUAGGAAUGAAAACCUCUAAAGUGAUUCCACAACAAAGACCCAUCUCAGCUAAGGAUUCCAGCAGGCAACAGCAACAGAGAACUGUCUCCUAUGGACGCAAACAAUUCGGAUUGAAAAACACAGGUUCAUCUGGAGCUCCGAAGUCAGCGCUAGGCAGCUACAGCCAGUCAUAUGGGACGGUUAAAGCCAGCACAUUAGGACAAUUGAAAACUAUGAAAUGGUAACACAGAUACUUGCGUUGUCGUUCAAGUUGUCAGGGCUGAAAAUUAACAAUUCAUAUAUUUUGACUAAAUUAUGCUCAUUUCAGCUACAAUGCUUUGUGUAUUUUAAUUGGCAGAAAAUACGACAGCCAUCUUGUAUGGUAUACAACACACAGCUCUGCAUAUUUCGAACAUCGAAUACAUUGGAGUUAGCGCUUUAGUAUUCUUAUUAUGGUUCAUUUACUAUAAAUCAUCUGACAAAAGUAUAACUGUGUAUUUGUUCACUGCAUUACAUGGGAUUGUGCCACAUUAGUACUCUGCGACAAUCAUUCCUGGCAUGUGCAAUCCAAACUACUUAUAUCAUGGAUUAUACUAUGGUCACAUGCAUUUUUGUACCUUGAAUAUCUCAUAAAUUUUACCUCCACUCCACCUCCACUGGUGAUAAUUAAAGAUAAUACUGGUAUACCUUGAAUAAUUUGUGCCCUGGUAUCAUACCAUUGACCACCUGAACCAUGCCAUAGACAUUAUGUUACAUGGACCUUAUAUACCUUGGAUUUUUCAUUCCCUGUAUCAUCAUGGACCAUUCCUAGUAGUGAUGUACCAUGGACCGUCUGCACCAUGAUAUUGUGAACCAUUCAUACCAUGCACCAUUAUUCCUGCUCAUUAAUAAUUCAUUUGUUUACUGUAUUGAUGUUUGCCAUUAAAUACUAGAAAAUAUUGUCUAUAUAAGAGUAGUACUUAAUUUUGCUAUAUAAUGUUUACCUAAAGAUGUAUUUAUCUGGCAUAUCUUUAAAUAUAUAAAACUCAAGUUUUGAUAUGAAAAAUACUGUAAUCUUUAAAUAUUUUUAUUAUUUAUUAUGCUUUCAAUGCGUUACUGUUGUGAAAUACUGUUUAGAUAUUGACUAAAACUCUGGCUAAUGGCAGUGACUAUAGGGAGGGAAGCACCCUUCCCAAACCAUCCCUCUUAGGUCAUGAUCCUCUACUGCCCUACUAGAAAUGGCAGUGACUAUAGGGGGGAAGCACCCUUCCCAAACCAUCCCUCCUAGGUCAUGAUCCUCUACUGCCCUACUAGAAAUGGCAGUGAUUAUAGGGGGGAAGCACCCUUCCCAAAUCAUCCCUCUUAGGUCAUGGCCCUCUACUGCCCUACCAGAAAUAUCUGGAUAUGGCCAAAGUUUUAAAAUGUAUUUAUUUGUCAGUAAAUUUAAAGGGGCAUCUGUCCCUCCUGCUCCUACUUAGAUCCAUCACUCUGUGUUAUACAGUAAUUUGUUAAUUGUUUGUAUUGCACCAAUUUUUACUUGUAUUAUUUGUAAGAUAAUAUAUAUCUAUUCACAAUCCGUCCUUUGUUUUAUUUGCAAUGAUGUUAAUGUAUUCCAAAUGAAGAUUAGUUUUUGUUUGUGUGUUGUACUGAAGUGUGAGUAAUUAUAGAUUCCUUGUCCAUCGUAAUAAACAACUUAUUUUCCCCUAAUAUUUAUACCUUGUGAUUAAAGUAGCUUUUUUGUUUUUUAGAAGAAAAAAAAUUGGCUAUACAAAAGUUGUGUUUUAAAUCUAUUAUAAGAUUGUUUAAAACAUUUUACAUAGAGCACAGUCAGACCUGAUUGGCUCCCCAAUCAAUGCUAGUCUGUGUUAUGCAUAUACGCUUCUAUUGGUCUGUGUACAUUUUUUUUUUUGACUGGAACCAGCCAGGCUCCAUGAUGCAACACUUGGUUUUCUAUAUGGCAUUGAUAAAAUAAAUAAUAAAUUCUCAAUAUUUAGAGACCGUAUCAUCACAGCUAAUUAUAUAGGCCUACUAUGUAAAGGAGAACAAGUUUUAACAAUCUAAUUUGACUUUUUGUGUUUAUUUUCAUAGGGUAUUAUGAAAGGUAUAAUAUUACUUAUACUGUAAACUUUAAUAACAGCACAAUAGCAUUUUUAUAUGUAUGGGGUAAUAAAAAACGUGCGAUUUAAAACAAAGUGAAAGGUAGUAAGACGAUGGGGUUGCCAGCAAUGUGAAGUUUAAUAAGAGGCUGUGAUUAAAAAAGAAGGAAGGGGUUAUAUGAGAGUGUGGCUGCAACAAGGGAAGGUGAAAUAUAAUGUAUGGAGAGGAAGAGAGGGGUAACAGCGGGGAUUUAAAAUAUGAGGAGGAAUAGUAUGAGGGUGUGCUUGACAACAAAGGGAGGGUAAUAAGAGGGUGAGAGUGACUAUAGUACAUGUGGAUGGAAAAUAUCAGUGUCAUUGACAAGAAAGAGGGUAAUGAAAGUGCAUGACAGGAAGUCAUAUAAUGGGUUGGGUUUGAUAAAGGGAGGGGUAAUAGCAGUGGGUUAACAGAGUGUGAGGGUAAUAAAUCAUGGGCGGUUUGACAAGAGAUGGGUAAUACUGUUAGUAAGGAGGGAAAUAAUAUAAAAUUAUAGGUGUAUAUCAUAAUGUUAGAAGUUCUGUUGAUAAAGUCAAAUAAAGAUACAGAGACGAUGUUCA